CACAUUACACUUCUCAUCCUCCCAUCGUUGUCAAGCUAUCCCCUCACCACCUAGCUAGCUACAUUCCACCCCUAAGCCAUUAUAAUGCUGCUUUGUUAUCUCAGAAACCCCAUUUAACUUUCCCAUUAUUCUCUGUCUCUGAGUGACUGGUGUUGUCUUUGAGUGUGUGUGAGAGAGAGAGAGAGAGAGAGAGAGAGAGAGAGAGAGAGGAGAGGAGAGAGGAAGAUAGAAAGAGAGAGAGAGAUGGCAGGAAGGUCUUGUUACAGAGAUGUGCUUCCAUUUACAGCCAUGGUGACUAUGGAGUCCACCAACGUGGGAUUGAACACACUGUUCAAAGCUGCAACCAUGAGAGGGAUGAGCUACCAUGUCUUUAUUGUCUACUCUUAUUCCAUAGCUGCUCUUGCUCUUCUUCCAGCUCCCUUCAUUUCCCACAGAUCAAGGAGGCUUCCUCCUCUCAACUUUUCCAUCAUGAGCAAAAUUCUUCUUCUUGGGCUAAUUGGGAGUUCAUCUCAGAUAAUGGGGUUUACAGGAAUCAGUUACAGCUCUCCAACGCUUGCUUCUGCUAUCAGCAACCUUGUGCCAGCUUUCACUUUCAUUCUUGCCAUUAUUUUCAGGAUGGAAAGUGUAGCUUUGAAAAGUAGAAGCAGUCAAGCUAAAAUCUUGGGUACUAUAGUUUCACUUGCAGGUGCAUUUGUGGUGACUUUCUAUAAGGGCCCCCGAAUUUCCCUCACUAGUCAAACACAAUCUCUGAUGCUAAACUCAACAGCUUCAAACUCAGACUGGAUCAUUGGAGGCCUUCUAAUAACAGCUGAGUAUAUAUUGGUGACACUUUGGUACAUUGUUCAGGCACGAAUUAUGAAAGAGUAUCCAAAUGAAUUAACUGUGAUCUUCUUCUACAAUGUUAUCGUCAGCAUCGUAGCUGCAGUUGUUGGUUUGAUUACAGAAAAAAAUCCAAAUGCUUGGAGGUUGAGACCAGAUAUGGCAUUGGUCUCCAUCCUGUGCUCAGGAUUACUAAGCUCAUUAUUGAACAAUUCUGUUCACACAUGGACCUUGCGCGUGAAGGGGCCUGUGUAUGUGACAAUGUUCAAAUCUUAG